GCUUGGAAAAAAUGAAUCUGGGUCCUUAAAGCUGUGAGCAUGUUGUCAGUUGUGUUGAAAUUUGGAAACCCGUAAUGAGUCAUCCUAAAAUUUAUUGUAAUGCGCUUAUACUUUACCUUUUUUGGAAUAUCAAUCGUUUUUUUGGCUCCCUUGCUUCAAAUUCUUGCCAUACACAGUACUGGGAAUUGCACCUUCGCCAAGAAUGUCACUCUUAAGUUCGUGUGCAAGGGAAAUGUCCCCAAGGAUAUGUAUACAAUGUUUCGGGACAACCGAGCUCCGCCCGACACUCCCUACAGUGUUUGGCAGACCGAAGAGGGCGGCUCCGUCCUCCUGGUAUCGUUUUACACCACAAUGUUUCCAAACUAUGAUACCAUCAAUCUGCAGGAAGGCGAGAUGGAUCUUGGCCAAUUCUUUCUAGCCACCAAGGGAAGAAAUACCAAUAUUCUUCUUUUUGUGACACCGUCUACCCUUCACUGCUUCCCCUUCGGUCUGCGCUAUACGAAUGAGCUAAAAAGGCACUGUCUGGGCCAAGACAUAAGUGAGGGAGGUGUCCUUACCAAGAACCCCAUUAUUCACUACGGCUCGCUUAGUAUAAAAACCCCCGACUUGCCAAAGAGUGAUGCAACUUCGCCAAGUCUAAAAAGAAACCUGCUUCUUGUCGUGUGUGCGGUGAUCAUUUACUAACAUGAAAGUUUUGUACCCAAAAACUCUAAAUUUAAUGUACAAGUGAUAUUGUUGAAAAUUUAAUGAAUAAAUUGU